AUGGUGGCCAGCGUUGAAACUAUGACAAACAGUGCUCCAUAUGUCUAUGAUUCAAUAGCAUCAACAUCUUCAUUAGAUCCUCCAACGAUCAUUCGAUUAGCUGAAGAAAAAAUACGUGUUAAAACCAUUGCAUCAGGUCUUCGUAUAACUGAAUUUUUCAUUGAUUUUGAUCGUCUUCGUUCGGGUUUUGUUACAUCAUCACAAUUUAAACGAUGUUUGGAUACGAAUCUUCGUGUUCAAUUAUUACCUGAAGAAGAACAAUUACUCUUUCAAAAAUAUGAUCUUAAACAUGAUGGAAACAUUUGCUAUCGAGAAUUUUGUGAUGUCAUUAAUCGAAAAUAUCCUGAAACAACAAUAACACCACAUCCUGAAAGUUAUACUAAUGCUGCUCCACCUUAUCUCAAUUCAUGGCGAUCAACUCGUCAUAUAGGUGCACAAGAUGAAAGUGAACGUUUAAAAGAUGUUCUUCAACGCAUUGCUACACAUUGUAAACAACGUCGUAUUGAUGUUUUACAAGCCAUGGAAAAUUAUGAUAAACAUAAAAUGGGUGAAAUAACUGAUAGUCAAUUCUAUCGUGCUUUUGUUGGACCACAAUUAACAGAAGCAGAAAUGACACUUCUUCGGGAUAAAUAUUCUGAUCCAGAAAAACCAGGUUUAAUGAAUUAUUUAAAUUUUGUACAAGAUCUUAAUAGAUAUUCACGUACAAAUGAUACAACAUUAUUUCCUACAAAUAAUGGCAACAAUAUGGAACAAACUCCAUUUAUUGGUAUUGAAGAAAAACCUGAACAACGUUCAAUACAAGAAAUUUUAGAUAAAAUUCGUAUAGCAACAUUUAAAUAUGGUGUACGUAUAUCAGAUUUUUUUAAAGAUUAUGAUAAACUACGUAGUGGAAUAAUGACUGAAACUCAAUUUGAAAGUGCACUUUCAUUAAGUAUACAAAAACAAGCUUUUCUUAAUAUGAAUGAUAUUAAAAAAAUAGCUGAAUAUUAUCGAAGACCUGAUGGACGAGUUUAUUAUAAAGAAUUUGUUGAUUCAAUGGAAAAUGCUUUUAACAUUCCUGAAUUAGAAAAAAAACCUUUAACACAAGUUCAUCGGCCAGGACAAGGACUUUUAUCAAGACCACUUAAUACAAAUUUAUCACCCGAAGAAGAAGAUCGUGUUGCAGAAAUACUUGAUGUUAUCAUUGAAAAAGUUAAAAAACGUCGUUUAGAACUUUUUCGAUUUUUUAAACCAUAUGACCGAAGUAAAGCAUUUACACGUGCUUGUACAAAACAUCAAUUUGGACGUGUACUUCGAACACUUGAUUUAAUUCCAUCACCUUAUGAUUUUAAUAUACUUUGUAAGAAGUUUGAAGAUCGAGAAAAUGGUGAUGUUAAUUAUGCAUUAUUCUGUCAAAUGACUGAACAAGAUUUUGUUGCGAUUAAAGUUGAAUCAGAAGUCGAAUUUCCAUUUGAACGUGCUCGUAUAGAUGAAGAACAAAAACGAGAUAAAUUAAACGUCACAAUCGAUACAUCCAAUGUUGAUUUGAAUGAUUUAAUGGGUCGUAUUCGACAUCAUGUUUUGAUUAAGCGAAUUCGUGUAAAAGAAUUUUUUGAAGAUUUUGAUCCACUUCGUUUGGGUACAGUUAGUCAAGCACGAUUUAUUCGUGUUUUGGCUAGUUUAGGUCUUACUGGUCUUGAUGGAAUUCCAUUAACUGAAGCACAAAUGUUUGCUUUAUGUGAUCAUUAUCGUCAUCCAGAACAACGUGAUCUCAUUCAAUGGAAACAAUUCGAACAAGAUGUUGAAUCAGUUUUUACAUUAUCUGAUUUGGAAAAAGUACCAACACUUAAAGUUUCACCACAAACAAUCUAUGAAAUGCCAACAACUGGUACACCUGCAUGGUGUAAUAUCGAUCCAUAUAAUAAAGAAGAAUUACAUCAAGCAAUGCAAACAUGGAAAACAAAUUGUGAACAACGACGUAUUGAUUUAUAUCAUACAUUUAAACAAUUUGAUAGACAUAAUCGUGGUCAUGUAACUCGAGGACAAUUUCGUCAAUGUUUAGCCAUAGCUGGUUUACCAUAUACACAAAAAGAAUUAGAAGCUGUUGAAGCAGCUUUGAUUGAUGAUGAUGGUUUUCAUUAUCGCCGUUUUCGUGAAUGGAUUCAACCACGUCGUAUUGAUCCAUUUCGUUAUAAUAUCUUACAACAAGAAUUGAAAGAUUUAAAUAAACAAAAAAUUCUACCUGAAGGAAAUCCAUUAUCAAGUAUUCAAGAUGUUUUACAAAAAAUUAAAGGACAAGUAUUUCGUCGUCGUAUACGUCUUUAUGAAUGGCUUAAGGAUCACGAUAAAUUAAAUUGUGGUCGAUUACCAUGUGAUACAUUUCGUCGUGCUAUAAAUCCAUGUCAAUUAGAAUUAACAGAAAGUGAAUUAUCUUUACUUGAAGAUUAUUAUCGAUCACGUAUUGAUGUUAAUGCUAUUGAAUAUAAAAAGUUUUGUGAAGAAAUUGAAUCAAUAUUUACAACAGAUUUUCUUGAAAAGAAUCCACUUGUUGAAUCCGAACAAUAUGUACCGAUUAAAGAUACAACAAAUAUUCAAUUAGAUCCUGAUAAAGAAGAUCGAGUUCAAAUUUUAAUGAAUAAAAUGGGUGAACGUGUUCAUGCACGUCGUUUACAAUUAUUUCCCUUAUUUGAAGAUUUCGAUCGUGUUCGUAAUGGUCAUGUCACACAAAAUCAAUUUUUACGUGUAUUAAAUGAUCUUGGUAUGUUAACAAUGUUGAGUGGUUUUGAAAAAGAUAAUUUAUUAGCAAAAUUUCGUGUUCGUGUUGGUGGACGUGAUGAUAUGGAUUAUAUUACAUUUUGCCAUGAACUCAAUACUUUAGCUGGUUUUGAAGCUGGAAUACCAUAA